AUGUCUGCCGAUCUCCGCGAAUCCGCACCUCGCCUACCACGUGGUGAAACAAGAGCCAAACAUGCACGUGACCUUGUCGCACGGUGCUCAAAGUCAGACGCGUCAACAACUGACUCAACCGCUCAGUGGACUCAGCCAGACAAUGCCGGACCUCCACAUUACUUUCGCGUCUUCCCUCCGUCCCACCCGCGACUGACCACCCUACCCGCUGACCUCAUCUCACCACCUUCCCUCUCACCCAUGUCUCUCCGCAGAGAACAAGCAGAGCUCCAACGAGCUUUAGAGCUAUCCUCACAACAAGCAGCUGCCUUUGCCCACAUCUCGCCCUACACCCUGUCCAGUGCGACCACCGCCGACAGCCGCGAUCUCGAGCUCCGUCCGGCCGCCCCGCUCGCCGCCCCCGCCCAGUGUGAGUCUCAUACCACCCUACCAUCAGACGGUGUUGCGCAGCCCCUACUGAAAUGUCUCGCGAAGGGCGCCCAUGGUAUGCUGUGCGGAGUGAUCUUCCUCAUCGACACGUGCUACAGAAACGCGGAGCAUUGCCACCGACCGAGGGAAGGAUGUCUUCAAAGGGCACAUGUGCUUGACGACGUCUUACCUCUCGGUCCGGCGAAGACCUUGAGACAACGUGCGACUCCUUAUCUGUGUUCUCGGCGGGAACCUGAACCAUGGCUCCGGCUCGUCAUCACGCCUAUCUUGCCCACAAGCGAUCACCCUCGGGAUGCGGUCCGCUCACUCGUGAGACUUUCAGCUGACUGUAUCGCAGCGUCCAACUCAAUGUCGUCCACCUCGAUGUCUUUUUCGGGGCCCGCAACUCCGAUCCGUCCGCAGGAAUCGUCCCUUCUCAGUCCCGAUUCUCCCCGCCGGAGACUACCUCGCCAAUCUUUAGUCGAGGUCGUGGUACCCCGCUCUAGGAGAGAGACUUCCCGCGAUCCCAUUGACUUCUUAGACACGCAGGACUGUGUUAUCGUCGGCGGGAGUACUGCACCGAUCCUGCCUCCGCCUCCACCUCUGCCGCCCUCAUCCAUCGAGCUUUUCCCUGCAUCAGGGAGCAGCGCUACGUCCGCCAACGGACGUCGUUCGGCCCGGGUGCUGAAAAAGCAAGAGGACGAGGCGGCAGCAGCUGCCGAGAGGAAGCGGAAACGUGCUGAGAGGAAGGCCCGGGAGGCCGCGGAGAAGGCAGAGCUGCAGCGACGGAUCGACGCCGGAGAGAUCGAACCUCCCGAGGAUCCCAAGAAGAAACGGCGACGCACUACCGAAUCCCGGGCAAAAAAAACUCCAAGACGAUCGGAACUUGCUGAGCGACCGGUUCCUGUUACUUCCAGCUCUUCAAGCGCGCAUCCCACCGCCACCGAUGCGAGCGCUGGGUCGACUUCACCCAUCAGACCUACUCCGAAUCCUGCCGAGACGAUUGCUGAGCCGCGACCGUCAACGGAGUCGCGAAGAGCGCCCUCGCCGACCAAGAGAGUGGAAACCCCGCAGGCCGCUCCGUCAUCGCCAGCCCAGCCCACUACUCCUGGACCGGCCACUUCCAGCUCUAGCUCAUCGGCUGCUCCCGCUCCCACGACGCCAGCUGCGCGACCUCUGCAACCGUCCAGGAGUACACCUGCGUCGUCUGACCGGCCCAGCACUCCGGGUCCAAACGGUUACAAAUGGAAGACCGGUAUGUCCAAAGCUACACUGCCUUUGUUCCAGCUAACCUUCAGCCCGAAACGACCUGGCAAGCGUGCUGAACAAGUUCCCGAAAGCUCGGCCGACAGGCAUGUCGAAGCGCUUGAAGAUUCAGUCGUUGCAUACGAGCAUCGGGCCGGGAAAGGCCGCACCGCCGCCUCCCCCACCCAAGCGAAAGCCAAAGGAGGAGAGUGA